AUGACGCAAAGUAAAAGUGCAGUCGACGUAGAAAAAGAAUUGACUCAGACAAUACAGACGAUGGGGUUUCAUACCGUGUUCGUCUUUUCUCGUUCUUAUUCUCCUCCCCCAACAAACGAUAUCUGUCUUUUCAUUCAUACAGAUCUUGCGCCAAUGGGUCAUUCAUUUAAUACUCAAUGGCCAGGUAGCGAUGGCAAUAAAUGCGUCGAUCACAACGCAACAGAGGACGCGAAGGUCUAUGGCGUGCCGCUUGAGUUACCAUCUCCUGAAAUCGUAGGCGUAGACGACUCUGAGAAGAAUAUGUUGGUUCUCAAUGCGAAGCUCGCCGCUCGCUUGGCUGAUGCUUUACCGUCGUCCUGCAAGUGUGCCACGUUUUCGGAGGUUGCAAAAUGGUACCUAUUGUAUAGCAGCUAUUUGAAUGGCAAGUCUUUUCAGAGACUUGUGCAACGCAUUACAUCAAGGGGACCCACAAUAAUAGUGAUUAAAGUGAAAGACAGCCCGCGUGUACUUGGCGCCUUCUGUGAAAGUGACUGGUUAACUGUCACACAGCGAGAAAAAAAUGCUAAAAGAGCAGCUGCAGCAUCCACACGGGCUGUUCGUGAGGGCCAAAAGCAGCGCACCGCUACUGCGCCAUCAAAUCAGAACAAAGCUUUUUUCGGGAACAUGAACUGCUUCGUGUUCCGCGCACACGCUGACGGCAUUGAUAAUGUUAGUACUGAAGGAGAGAUUUACCAUUCUCAUUCGUCCUCAAAUUCUAAUUUUAUGUACCUGUUCGACACCCACCCACACGAGGAAAAGAUUGGUAUCGGUAUGGGUGGGCAGCCGGGUUACUUCGGGUGGUUUAUCGACCGCUGGUUGGAGAAUGGAACUUCGUAUGGCUCACGCUGCACAACGUUUCAAAGUCCUCGACUUUCCUCUACCGAAUCAUGGGUCGUCGAAUCUGUGGAAGUGUACGCGGUCAAAAAAGAGAUUGUGGAGCAGCUGUUGAGGACCGGUAACGAGUGCGCUAGCGGUGUCUCGUGUAUCGAUUGCAACCCCGACAGUAAGGCCGACCAGAUGCUGUUAGAACUGAAUGGAAACCAUGAGUUCAAUCUCUGGGAUCGAACGGAGUGUUAA